AUGGGUGUGGUAUCAGCGCCACCAAGCCAUCGAUCUCGGCCCCCCCACUCGAGAAGGCGCGGUAUCGGGGACACAGGACGCAGUUUCUCCUACCAUGCCCCGUCAAUGCACCACCGCGGGGACAUGAUGCUCGCAGGGUCACCUCCGAGGGCGUAUCAUAUGUCUACUAAAAACUCGAGAUGUGCCUCCAGGACCUCGAUGGAACCACACUCCCCUGGGACCACCAGCCCGCCAGUCAGCCCGUUGGCCACUAACUCCUCCAACGGCAUGCCCCGGCAGAGCCCCCCAAAGAGCCCCUCCUCAGGCUCCCUCUCUAAAUUCCACAACAAGGUGAUGGACAAACUGAAAACAGUCCUGCACCUUAAGGAAAACCACCAUGAGGAUGAGGAGCAGCAGCAGGAGGACACUCGGGGGCAAUCAUGA